CAGUGUCUGGAAAUACUGCUGUUAUUGCUGUAUUUGCUUGCUCCAUCCUCCUCCCCUCUUGUUGUCUCUCCCAAUGGAAGUUGCAGAAACCCCUGUCCCACAAUGCCAUCCAUCCAGCUGCCACUGCUACUCCUCUGCUUGCCUUUGUGUGGUGUUUGCUUCAAUGGGGGACAUCUUCCAGAGGAGAGGGAGAAUGUGGAAACAAGUGCCCUGGACGACAUCCCUCAGAGAUCUGAAAGCCUCAUUCUUCAGUCAGUCCUCAAGAAGGUUGARAAGAAAGAAGAGAUUAAUAAAGAAUCAAAUGCCCCUCAGCUAGAAUGGCUUUCCAAAAGACAACAUCGUGGGAAGAAGUACCUAAGUAACCUGGAGAAGAGACAGCGUCCUGGAAACAGAGAUGUUGAGAAAGACACAUCUUAUGGAAACAUUCAGAAGAGGCAGCAUCCAGGAAAAAGAGAGAUAGAAGAUGAUCUUGAUGUCUAUCUGGAGCUGAAAAGGCAACAGUCUCUUGGCCAAAAGUCACUGUUGGAUCAGUUUGCUGACAGCCCUAAGGCACAGCUAACCUACAUGAAUGAGUUAUCCAAAAGAGAAUACCCAGGCAGAAGAUACGUGAUGUACAAGCACCACUAUCCUAGYAAAAGAGGCUGGAAUUAUGAGGUAGACCUAUAUGGUGAGAAACGCCAGCAUCCUGGAAAAAGGCACUGGAAUUCUGAGAGCUCAGMUGACACAGGCCCCUGCAACUUUCAGGGGUCAUUUACCUGUCGCAAAGGCAGCUUGUUGCUUGAUUUCGUAGAAGAUGUAACCAGAGACAGGGUAGAAGAAAAACGUCAGCACCCAGGAAAGAGAUCAGCAUGGGAGAGUGAAACAGAGGAGUGAGAAAAUAAUUGUAUAGCAUUUGUAUUUGGUGAAGUAAACUGCCAGUUCACUGAAACAUUCUGUUCACACCCUUUCGGCUUCCUGUUGCUGACCUCUGCACCUACCUUUCAGUGUAUUAAUAUUCCCACGCAGGUUAAUGGCUUUGUCACACGCUUAAAGCAAAGGAACUAAAGGACCCAUCUGAAUGAAAAGCCAAAUACUGAGAAUCUUCAACUCCCCCACUUUAGUAACAGUGCGUAUUUCCUUAGGAGCCCAAACCCCAGAAUAAUCCAACUAUGUGCUCCUAAAUGACUAAAACGGGGUCUUAAACUUCUGUUCUGAUGCUACUGAAGUAGAAUAAUUGUAUGGUCUCCUCUCACACAAGUGAAAUCAGUAAAUAAAUAGCGAGGGAGAAAAAAGAACAACAUAUGCCCAUUGUUUCUAAAUGAAAUAAAGCAGGUUUUCAGUGCUAAAUUAUAACAUUCUGGAGACUUGUGUCCUUGUACACUAAAAUCUGUCCAGCCAGUAAGCACAACAGAGAGACAGGAACAAUUUCAGCUGAAACAAAAUAGAUGAUUGACUUCAUAGUUUGACUUGGAAUGGGCAUAGGAAAACCCUUUUCACCUAAAAGACUACACRGUGCRAARGGUCUAAGGAUGAAUGCAUCCCUGAGCAUCUCAACCACAAGUUGUGACUCCCAUGAGUCUGUACAGCCCUCACCAGAACUCCCACCAYGGUGUGUCCACACUUCAGUCAUACCACUUGAAAUCAUGUCUUCUCCUCAGACACUUAAUAAUGAAGCAAGAAGAGAUCCCUUCCUUCCAGUGAGGAUUUCUGAUUUCUCUCCUCUCAWAGGAAUGCUUUUCCUUUCUUUGGUCAGACUCCUGAAAGUGUUUAUUUGGUAUGAAUUAUUCAGUAAACAUGAAUAGUCAACUCUGGUGUCCUUAUUGGUUGUGCAAACRUGCUGCAAUAGUGUGAAAAACAGACAACCAACUCAAGCUAAGUAAAUUAACA